AUGGCAGAUUACGAAAAAGGUUUGAAAUGCAUUUUGCAGUUGUGGGAUGAACUAAUGUCGGAUGAGGAGAGUGAUUCUGUUAUAAUAGGUGAUGUUUAUUCGUCUGAUACUUACUUUCCUAUUUUGCAAGCUUCGAGUGACUCGGAAGAUGAAAAUAGCGAUUUAGAAGAGGAAGUGAAGUUUUCCAAAAAAAUUAGGCCCAUAAAACUACCUGAACAAGAUGCUAAAGUACCAAAAGGAACAUCACUUAUAGCUGUAGGCUGGGCAAAAACGACGGGCGAUUCGGGAGGUCCUUUAGAACUCAAUGGUACGCUAGUUGGAAUUGUGUCCUUCGGUGAAAAUGACUGUGUAGAAAGUGAUGAGCCAUCAGUCUACGUCAAUGUCGCCUUCUUUCGUACAUGGAUAAAAAACGAAGCUGGUGUUUAA